AUGAAGUUCUCCAUUCUCACCUUUCUCACUGUUGCCGCCGUCACCGCGGCCAUCCCCGCCGAGGAGCCGACCACCUCCGCUCUGAAGUCGCAGGUGGAGGAGAUCGCUGGCAAGGUCCAUGGAGUCGAGGACCAGGAAACUGCCACAGAUCUCUCCCAAUGCAUUAAACCCAUCCUGUGCUGCGGUUCCCUUACCACUCCCCUGGAUCCCAUUUUGGACCCUAUGCUGCUUGGUCUUGGCAUCAACGCCGCCGAGAUUGUUGGUUCCGUUGGACUGCUCUGUCACCCAUGGACUGAAGAAUGUUCCUCUGCUCCUCAAUGCUGCACCGAGGCCAAUCUCUUGGGUGGCGCCCUUGCUCUCGGCUGCUCCAAGCUUUAG